AUGGAGCAGCAGAUUCAGUCGGUCGAGAGGUUCAGACAUCAAGAAGGGGCUCGGUUGGCAAGAGAUCACCUAUGGGCGAACAGAUAUGCUAUGUGGGAAGAGAUGAAUGAAGAAACAAAUAAAUGGCCUUAUGAUUUUCCUGCAUCAAUAGAUUAUCUUCAUGCAAAUCAACGUGGCUCAGUUAGUGGCCAAUUAAUGGUUCAUGACUGGUACAUAAAUGUUGAUGCUUUGCCUGCAUUAUAUGCAUUUAUUGGACUUGCUGAACCUGGACUUGUUGGAUCUUGGCAAAGUGAAACCAAGGAAAUUGGAUUUCCAGAUAGAACUGCUAAUGAAUUUUUUAUACCUGAUCCAUUGCCUGGUCUUCAAAAUUAUUUGUACACUAACACUACCAUACAUAAGUUUAGACAAUAUGGUUUAUGGGAUCGUUACACUGAUUUAUAUCCUAAUGGAGAUUUAGUGUACAAAAUUGGUGUUAGUGAUUUUCGAAAAGAUUGGUUUUUUGCCCAUGUAAACAGGAGGAAUAAUGAUAGGAGUGUAUCAGCAACAACAUGGCAAAUUGUAUUUGAUGUUAAACUUGUGGAUUCUAGUGGCACUUAUCAUCUUCAUAUAGCUUUGGCUUCUGCAUCUUAUGCUCAUUUACUAGUGUGGAUAAAUACUCCAUCAAAACCAAGACCAUGGUUUGAUAGUUCACCAAUUGGGAUGAGUAAUGCAAUAGCAAGACAUGGAAUUCAUGGAUUAUAUAUGGCUUUCGAUAUUGAAUUUUCAGGGACACAACUUUAUAUUGGUGAAAAUAUAAUAUAUUUGAAGCAAGCAUCAGUUUAUGGCCCUUUUACUGGACUCAUGUACGAUUAUAUUCGUCUCGAAGGACCUUCAACAAACUAG